AGGACCGAGCGAGGUUUACCAUAAACCAUUCUUCACAGAGAGUUGACUCUUCAUUUUCUAGCUUGCAAGUAUUUUGUAAUCGAGUACGAGAUGAAGCUUUGAAAUGGAUCGAUUUCGAUGAAAACGACGACGUGCUCGAUGUUGGAUGUGGUCCCGGAAGGUUAUGUAAAAUGUUGUCUCCCCUCGUAAAGUCGGUUACUGGUUUAGACAUUUCGCCUGGCAUGAUAGAAUUCGCAAAAAUGGAAAACUUGGAACCCAACAUUCGAUUCUUUCAAGAAGAUGCGCAGACGUUUGGUCCUCUCCUUACGGACUGGCGGGGAAGUUUUAACAAGAUCCUAAGUAUGACAGCUCUUCAUUGGUGCUUCGACAAGGAGAAUGUAUUGAGGAAUGUCUUCCAGUGCCUUAAACCUGGUGGUUUAUUCCUCCUUGACUUCGAGACGCACUGGCACAUGCAUGGGGAAUGGAGUAGAUACGGUGAAUCCUGCGAAGUAUGGCUUCAGAAACAUCACAGGUGGGGGAAAUAUCAGGAGAACUUUGUCUAUUUAUUGUUUCCAAUGGAAAGUACUGACACCUUUCUCGACCUGAUGAGAUCAAUAGGAUUCUCUAUUAAAAAAUCAGAGGUCAAGGAAUCACCCUGGGUUCAAUGGAAAGAACAUGAAAUUAAAAGACAAUUAAGGACCUUCUUUUACCCGAUGAAGUACAUCCCUGUGGAACACCAAAAUGACUUCAUUGAUGACGUGUACAAAUGGUUGUGUGACGUCACCCCAAAGAGGUCUGGUAAUGUUUACCACGGUGCAGCGGGGAGGAUUGAACACAUGACCAUAAUGGCUACCAAAGAAUGAAAUCCCCAAAGUUUUUAUUAACUGAUUCACGCGUACACAUCCUUCAUUUAUGUUUUUUUUAUUCCCAUAUAAUACCCCUAUUCCUCCUUGUAGGCUUACUUAUAUCUUGAAUAUGAGUAAUAUUAUAUAUAUAUAUAUAUAUAUAUAUAUAUAUGAAUUAUAUGACAUGUAUUAUAAUUCCUUUUUAAAAUUAAAAAAAACAACCAUGUGGAUGGGAUUUGGCAAGCUGGCAGACUCUCUCUGUAUCAAUCCCGCGCCCCGAAAAAAAAAACGGUCCGGGACGCCGUUUUCUCCCGUAUUUCACAAUUUUUAAUACAUUCAUGUGAUAAUAUUCAUUAACGUAUUCUCAUAUGCGUAGGCCCCUAGUAAAAAAUGAAAAGGGGAAUUCAGGGUGCAAAUUUCUGUAAAUCUUUAUAUGCGGUAUUUAUGAUUUUUUUUUCCGUGAAACCUUUGCUAUUCAGAAAGGUUCGUACUCAGCAGUAGUGAUAAGAAAUAACAAUAGAUUUUGAAAUAAUAUCCACCAAAUGAUAUCACAUUUCAACCCAUAUUCCUUUCAUCUUCUUUCAAUAAUAUUUCAUUUUUCCUUUUGACUUUUUCGAGACCCCGAAAGCGCUCCAUGUCCUAUAUAAAGCCAGCGAUUCUGAUUUUUUGAAGCCUUAACAAAUACGAUGGCGCCUUCAGGGUAAUCAACUUCUGCUUCUAAGGAAAAAGUGAACGAGAAAUCCGAAUGCAGGGCUUAGUGGCAAAUUACAAACAAAAAAAUUAACGUGAGACAAGCGUCGGGGGCGGCGGUGUACGUGCACCGCGUUGGGAAAAUCGAAACUUUCUUUCCAAAAUAAAUGUGGAAUAAAUGUUAGCCAUUCUUGUUUAGAUUUGUUUGUUAUCAUGGUUAUGUAUUAGUAUCAAUGUUUGUAAUGCCAGAUUUAUUAAAACUGGCUGCAUCGUUGAGACAGAUUUUUUUUCGUUCUUUUUGUGAAACCAAACAGAAUCAAAUUUUGUAUCAAAAUUAAAUAUUUUAACGUAGCCCAAGGCUUGUUCCAUAUACAGUACAUUGUCUUGCAUAUUCCUUUCCUUACAGGUCUGCCGGCCUAUCAAUAAAUCAGCCUAUUUUAAAUUAGUGUAAUAGGACCUCAUGAUCUGGAAGAAUUUUUUAAACGUUUGGUAUAUAUAUAAAAUAGUAGCUGCUCUUUUGCGUUUCACCCAAUGUAAUAUUUUCAAACAAGCACAUGAAUAUUUGAGUUAAUGCAUGGAAUACCAGCAUUAUUUUGUAUAAAUCUAACAUGCAAAGAUAAAAAAAAACAUGAACAGGAACAUACAGGAUCUUUCUGACUUACGCUCAUCAGAUCGAAAUUUCAUGAAUGAGCAGAAAGCUUUAGAUCGGCUACGUACCUGUAGGAGCUCAAACAUUCAAGGAAUCUCUUCCGAUACCGGGUACCCAUUCACCCCACCUGGGUUGAGUGCAGCACAAUAUGGGUAGAUUUCUUGCUGAAGGAACACAUGCCAUGACUAGGAAUCGAACCCACGUCCCUGAGAUUGAGACCAAGACGAGUCGUGGACUCUUGGUUAUGACCGGUUAUGACUCUCGUCGUGGCGCCCCCACAAGCUAAACUCAUGGGCCCGUAUUCUGAAGUCAGGUUUAACUUAAACUCAGGUUUAAAAUUGUGGUUUAAGUAUGGGAAGCCAAAAGUAUCAAUUAAGUUGAACGUUUCUUAUGUUUACUGUGCUCUUUUCUGAUUCAUCGAUGGUGAAGACAAUCUAUUUAUACUUCCUAGACAAUUAUGAACGAUUUGAGAGCCAAAUGAGCUGAAAUAUGAUAUAUCUACCGUUAGUGAUUUUUGUAACAAUUGGCUAUCCAUACUUAAACCACAACUUUAAACCUGAGUUUAAGUUAAACCCGACUUCAGAAUACGGGCCAUGAUGUUACACAUGUAGGCCUACAUAUCUUUUAUGACUUCGAAGUGUCCCGUAUUCGACUGCCCAAGUCUGGUCAACCUGCUGCGCCUGUUCAAAGGCUUAAAUAGGCCUAAAAUGUGAAUCAAAGUUCAGUAUUUUUUUAUAAGACCUUUAGAAUUAUAGCGUUGGCAAGUGACCAGAGGGCCUAUGUAUUUAAUGCUAACAUGAUGUAAAGCUUUGUGCCAUCAUUGUCUGUCUUCAUCUUUUUACCCGAAUACUAUUUAACAUGCAAUAUCGAAAAUACAGUUUUCAUUUUGUUAUUGAUUUAUGAAUAAAAUGCCGGCAGAAACUUAUGCAAAAAAUGUAAAUUGUUAUGUAUGGGGAACCAAACGUUGCAAUUCCAAUUUCACACGACCUACCAUUACUUUCCUGUUUGUGCGAUUGAUUAUUACAGAAUUAAAGGGAUGCUCCGGGCUGAAAAUAAUAUGACAUAAACAUAUAAAGAAAAAUCAGACAAACAAAUCACUAAAAAUUUGAUCAAAAUCGGACAAGGAAUAACAAAGUUAUGGCAUUUUAAAGAUUUGCAUUAUUCCGGUGAAACUGUUUUAGGCAUGUCUUCAUGAAUAUUCAAUGAGCAAAUUGAUGAUGUCACAUUCCCACUUGUUCUUUUGUAUUUUGUUAUACAAAAUUAGGUUUAUUUAAAUUUUUCUACCAAGAACUGAAAAAACUGGAUUGACAACUUAUUUAAUGCAUUAGAUAUUCAUUGCUGCAACUUAUUUCAUUAUAAAGGAGACACAUUGUUCACACAUGUAUGAAAGUAUGUAACAAUUAUGAUUUCAUGUAAUAACACAAGAGAAAGGAAAGUGGGGAUGUGACAUCAUCAGCCCACCUAAUGAAUAUUCAUAAUGAU